AUGCAGUUGCUGUCGUGCUGUUUGUAUGGAACUGUUCAUUCCUUUCUCUGCGGUGCCGGUCAGUGGCAAGUCCCUGACUCCCUGACAAGACUGGGCAGAAACAUCGUCACAUUGCGAUGCAAAUACUGGCGAACUCAAAAAAAGAUAACUCAGCGUCCAGGUUCCUCAAACGUGAGAUUGUUAAGUCAAAGACCGAGCACAUUGUCAUAUUUGGCGAGAAAUGGGCCCCCUUCAGGGACUGGAACCUUUUGGCUUCUUGCCAAAGUUGUCCAAGGGAAUUUCUGCCUGCCGUCCGUUCCACCACUGGCCCAUACCUCGAAGGAGAAAGCCGAUUUUAUAGGCCGUGAUGACCGAGGCCUUCCCACUACCAACAAUAUCGCAGUGUGA